UGCACGCCUGGUUGGCAGUUUGAAAGAUGGCGGGAGUGACGGUGGAUCUGUUAACGGAUGAUGAAGCGGACAAUAAGGACUCGUGCACUUUUAUCAGCGGAGAUUCGGAUCUGCCGGUGGUUUUCAUGUGCUCUCAGUGUCGGCUCCCGGUGGGAGACUCGCUGGCCUGGGUGGGAGCAAACCCCAAGGAGAACAUGAUCUACUUGAAGCGUGUCACUAAAAAUAUCCAAGUAGACAAAGAACAGAAGAUAGACACUGCAGAUGAGUCUGGUUGCAUUUAUGUGUUGUUAUCCUGUAGUGGCUGCUCUCUGUUACUGGGUAGAAUGUACCUAUGCACUCCAGCCCACCUCGAUUACAAACGAAAUGUAUAUUGCUUGGCUGUGGCCUAUAUUGAAAGCUAUGUCCUCGGCUCCACCACAAAUGCAGAAUUCAUAGAUGAGAGAAAAAAGCCAGUAGUCCUAGAAACUGAAGCUGAAGUCCUUGAAGAAUUAGCAAAGUCCCAAACUGUGUUGAAUCUGAUGAUUGCAAGACUUGCUGUUGUUGAAGAAAAGAUAGAAUCAUUACAGAAUAAGGGAUGAUUGUAACAAAUAUUACAUACCAAAAUUAUGCUAAUGAAGAGGCUACGUUUUGAAGAUUUCAGCAGACAACAGAUGCUCAAGCCUAGAGAAUUAAUACGUUGCAAACACUCUCUCUUUAGGGAAGUCCUUUAUUUCUACUGAUGUGUGGUGGUGUGAUGGUUUUGCUUGUUGCAGAGCCACAACCCUUGGCUCAUGUUUGUCAAAUAUUAUAUAUGUUAUGCAUUGUACUAGUUGCUGAAUUUAACUUUGACUCUUGGUCCUACUAUGUUUUAAAAACCUGGGGUUAAUCAAAAUUAUCUCUUGUAAAGUUAUAUCAUAAGUAAACUUUAAAUGUUGAUAUAUAUCUUGUAUCUGUUUAAAGUUUAAGAGGCAGUCUAACCAUUUCAUCUUGUUCCAAAAAUGUCUUUAUAAAAUUGUUUUAAAUGUAGUUUUUUGUUUUGUAAAUGUGUAAUCAUGUUACUGUGAAAAAUAAAGCUGUUUCAAUCGUU